AUGAUCGCAAGGCGAAUUCUUUCCCUGCUUAGCCUCACGGCUCUGGCGGCGGCGGCCCCAGUCACGGAGGGCACCAUCUCUGGUCCCGGCGACGGAACGCCCUUCUUCUACAAGGGUCACGACCUGAGCUCCCUGAAGUUGCUCGAGGAUUCGAAGAACAUCUUCGUCGAUACAGCACGGGGCAACCAGGAGCGGCCUGCCGACGACAUCCUCGCCGACGGCGGCAUGAACGCCGUCCGCCUCCGCCUGUGGGUCGACCCGCCCGACGGCAUCUACGGUCUCAACUACACCAUCAGCCUCGCCAAACGGUUUCAGGCCAAGGGCCAGCGCGUCUUCCUCGACUUCCACUUCGCCGACAGCUGGGCGGACCCGCAGAAGCAGCCGGCGCCCGCUGCCUGGCCGACGGAGCUGGGGCCGCUGGUGGGUAGGCUGCGCGAGUACGUCCGCGAGACGCUCGUCGCGUUCAAGGACGCUGGCGUAACGCUGGACAUUGUGUCGCUCGGCAAUGAGAUCCGCCACGGCAUGCUCUGGCCCCUGGGCCGCGUCUCGGUCGACGUGCAGCCGUGGCCGGCCACGGUGGCCAACUUCUCCAACCUCGCGACGCUGUACAAGGCGGCGCGGGCGGGUGUCACUGACGCCACCUGCGCCGGCGUGCCCAAGCCCGAGGUCAUGCUCCACCUCGACAACGGUUGGAACCUGACGCUGCAGGAGAGGUGGUACGGCGCGCUCGUCGACAACGGCGUGCCUCCGUCGGCGUGGGACGGCUUCGGGUUCAGCUUCUACCCGUUCUACGGCACCGAGGCGACGUUUGAGAACCUCGGUGCUGUCCUGCGAGCCAUGGCGGACAAGUACGGCAAGCCCAUGCAGGUCGUCGAGACGGACUACCCGGCCGUGUGUGACGGGCGCUGGAACCCGAUUCCCGAGUCGUCGGAGCCGGGCAUACCGUACAGCGUUGCGGGCCAGGUCGAGUGGAUGGCCGAGGUCCUCCGCAUCGUCAGGGAGGCCCCGCGGGGGCUGGGGCGCGGGGUUUGGUACUGGGAGCCCGCGUGGCUCAAUAACACGUCGCUGGGCAGCGCCUGCAACGACGCCAUCCUGUUCGAGGCGGAUUACAGCGGCUGGCCGAGGACGGUGGGGUACUCGCGCGAAUCUGUGAAUGUAUUCCUGGAUUAG